GCUCCAGUCGAGCCGAUGGAGGAAACUGGCAGCCCAGCCUGCAUCCUCUCCAGGAGAUGCACAGCACGGUGGUCAUCCGUCAAGUCUUCUCGUAGCUCGACGUUCAAUGUUGAGCAUAUGUGGCUGGAGGAGCUGAUGGGCCCACUUUACAACCAGUCGUCUUCUAGUCAGGCGUCCAGUGCUAGCGCUCCCAGCAGCAGCCCUGGGGGCAGCAGGAGCAGCAGUGAAGGCACUGGCAGCCUGUACAGCUGGAACUCAGGGGUUACAUGCCUCCUGCACAGUUCUAUCAAAAGGCAGAGCCAGGAGGCUUUUCAAACUCAACUGGAAGAGAAGAGUGGGUGGGGGAAACUUGUGCCAUGUGCUUACAAUGAUCCUCACGGCGAAGCUUAUCCACAGGCAGAGCAGGGCGGGGGCAACUAUCAGAACAAACUGCAUCAGGGGAGGGCCUCUAAACAAACUCGUAUGGGCAGUAAAAGUGUAAAAGAGUUGCUGGAGGAAAGGUUCAAAGCCAAACUGAAGUUUUCCCAAUUCCUGGACGAAGUAACUUCUAAUGUGUUGGACCCCAAUUCCCUGCAAGCAUUCGGAAAGCUGCAAUCUCCUUCCGGCGUCUUCAUCACAAACUCAGAUCAGCUUGAAGAAGAAGUGGAGAGCUGGAGGCUGCAUGACUCAAUGGCCCUGCAGCAGAAUCUCCUGUCUGAACUGGAGGUUCCUGAAGCAAAAAACGCCACUGACUGGCAGCAGAAGAAAUACCUGGAGACAGAUAUUGAUGCUGUGAGUUGGGAUGCUGGCCCACAGGAUGUGAAGAUAAAACAGGAACAGUUGGAGAUAGAUGAGACCAGUGUGAUUCCACCUCCUUUACAGUUCAGUCAAGGAUUUAAGAGGAAAAUUCCCUCUCCUGAUUUUUGUUGCGACAUACCAAGAGCCCCUCACAGAUCUGCCUCUCUGCCCAGGGGCAUCAAUAUGCUGCCUGAGGAAGAGAUGAACAGCAUAGACGCUAUCAGCUCUUUGCUGGAGCAGAAGGAGGACCUGCGGAAGAGGCUGUCCUACACAACACAUAAGCUGGAGUUGCUGCAGGGUGAGUUUGACUCUACGCGACAGUACCUGGAGACAGAGCUGCGCCGGGCCCAGGAGGAGCUGGACAAGUUCACAGAUAAGCUGCGCAGAAUACAGAGCGGCUACUCUGCCCUGCAGAGGAUCAACCAAGAUCUGGAGGAGAAGAUCAACAGAGACUCGCAGCAUCACGAUGAUGAAAAACGAGCUCUAAGCAGAGAGAUCAUCGUUCUCAACAACCACCUGAUGGAGGCGAAACUCACCAUCGAAAAGCUGCAAGAGGACAACGACAUGUACAGAAAGGAUUGCAACCUGGCGGCUCAGUUGCUGCAGUGCAACAAGUCACUCUACGGAGCCCAGCUGUCUGAGCUGCCCGCUGAUGUUCAGGAGCGACUAUCCAUGCACCUGGAAGAGUCUCCUCUCUGCCACAGCUACCCAGACUCUGUCCAAGGGUCCCUCAUCUCCAAAGUGCUUGAGAAUCCAGAUGAAGCCUGCAGCAGCAGUAAAGCCUCUCGGUCACCUAGCCCUCCACCCCAGGAACAUGCUUUUAUUUUGGAGAGAUUAGGUCCUGGUGAUAGGCUGGGGCUCCGUGCGGCCUACAAAUCUGACCUGUACAGUAGCGACACAGCCCUCUACUGUCCUGAUGACCGUCAGAGGGAGAGGAGGCCCAGCAUGGAUCUUCAUGGCCAGAGGACGAUGCUGUACGGUCCCCAGAAUUCCACCGACAGCACCCCAGAGGACGAUUCAGGGGGUAUGAGAGCUACCUAUUCCCAGGAGCAUUUUGCUAAAUUUCCCGCCACAGUGGGUGGAGGUUCCAGUUCUUAUUCCAGUUUUAGUGGAGGGGGCUCUGAAGACAAAGGGAAUGGUCCACCCAGCAGCGCAGCAUCCUCUCCCCAGCAUCACUCCCUGUACAUGGACUGGAGAGAUGCAGGAGACUAUGAAAGAGGAAGCGACACAUCUUGGGAUGGGGGCAGUCCAGGAAGCUUUGCCAACACUCAUCCUUUCCAGCAGACUGAGCUAAGCCAUCACCAGAAUGGCAGCUCACCGGUUUACAGCCGCACCAUGUCCUCCUGUUUCAGCGAGCCCUAUGAGCCGCUCCCCCCAUCUUCCUCCCCGAGUGUUGCCUAUGGAGAUAGCCGCAGAGGCAGCACGUUGGCCCCAGAAGAGGAGGAGCUGAUUGGUCGAUGGAGACAGCUCAGUGUUGAGGACUUGAGCGCCCACAGCUACCGCAGCCCCGGCCGAGCCUCACCUUACAGCUUCUCAGAGCAGCACUUCUCUGUCCGCCCUGCCAAGAUUCGGCUGGGGCCGCUGUACAGCAGCUUCCAGGAGGGCGCAGACUACUACCAUCAUGCAGCGGGUGCUAUGGAUGCAGUGUGGGUUGGUGCCAGCCCCGAAUGCAGCCCAGGUCUGCGGCAGGCGCACAGCCAAGCCCACUUAUAUCAAGCUGAAGGCAGCCAAGGGUCAGAGCACAGCCUCUACCACUCAGGAAGCUCCAAAGACAGAGAGGGCAACGUUGCAGCCGGCGGCCAGAGCACAGAAUACGUAGACCCAAGCCCCAACAGCUCCACAGAGUCUCUUCAUCAAAGGUCCCUUGAGAUGGCUGCAGAGCUGCAGCACUACCAAGCAGAGAUGCAUGACUUCCCCGCACAAGUGGGUCCUUCAUCACCAUCUACCCCAAACCCUCCAUCCCCGUACAAACAACAGUUUGGUACACUGGGACUUACCAGGAAGGACAGUCUGACAAAAGCCCAGCUUUAUGGAACACUUCUGAACUGAAGGACCUUCCGGUCAGGUUUUGGUUUUGACCCGACAGAACACAGGGCUGGGAUGUUCCUUCCCUUCUGUUGGCUCUAAAACAGCUCGGGGAGCAGCAGGAGUCAAAUAAAUAAUGAGGAUAUUACUGCACUGGCUUGUAUGGGGAGGCUGUUUACAGGCGUCCAUGAGUCAGGAGCUGAAUAAAGAAGGCAGAGAGGAACCUGUGGAACAAUCGAGAUGUUCCACAAAUGUAAAAAUAUAUACUAGACACAUAUUGAGUGAUAUAUUUUGUAUUUAGCUGUAAUCAACAAUCUUAAAUAACUGCAAGUCUUCUUGGUAAUCACAAAAAUUGUACAUAAAUGAGACUAUUCUAUAUUUAAAAGCUCACAGGCGCCCUUCACCGCUGAAUACAGUUUAGUUUUAGUCGUUCCUGAAGAUACUUUUAAAGAGGAGCGUUAAGAGAGGGGUUAAUUAAAACAAACUAAUCUCCAAACCUUUUUUCGUCUGUUUACUGGAUUUGACGAUAUUCAUGAUUGUGUUUUGCUAUUUGAUGGAACGUUCCAAGCUAUAUACUUAUCUUAGCGGUCACCGCUUCUCUAUCUUUUUCUCUUCUGUAUCUCUGAGAGGUUUUCCUUUGCCCCCGUUCUACCUCAGAUUGGAACUCCCACACCCAGUUAAGCCUCUGUGUCCCUGUUUCUUUAACAAUCAUGCACGUUUAUAUAUUUUGAUGGUUUUGUUCACCUAAUAAAGCACAAACUAUACUGAAAAGA